AGAGCGUGUUUACAUUCCCACUGCAAUGGCGGCUGUUGGCGUGUUCGGAAACUUUUGAAAUUUAACUCCACGUUGAUUUCUUUCUGUGAUUCAAGCAAUUCGCUUUCGGCAAGAGAGGGUUUGGCAUUCUAUACUGCCUAUAAGUCAGGAGUAACAUGGCGGAUAAAGUACAGAAAAUUCUUGUGGCUGGGGACGUGGAAGGCCGCUUCAACCAGCUCUUCAAACGCAUAACCAGCGUGAACCAGAAGAAUGGCCCCUUCUCAUUCCUCCUCUGUGUGGGAGAUUUCUUUGGGGCCGACAAUUCCCAGUGGCUGCCAUAUAAGUCUGGGGCUCUCAAAGUGCCACUGACGACCUAUGUCUUGGGGCCCCAUGUGCCAGGCCUGUCAUCCAAUUACCCAGACCUGAAAGGCUGUGAAUUGUGUGAAAAUGUCAUAUACUUGGGCCCGAAUGGGAUCUACCCCUGCAGCAGUGGUCUGAAGAUUAUGUAUCUGAGUGGAAGAGAGUCUGAAGACAAGAAGAAGAUGGAUUUUUCUUUCAUUGGUGAUGAUAUCAAAUCCCUGGAGACUCAGUGUGGAAGCAAGCAAGUAAUCGAUAUCCUCAUCACCGGACAGUGGCCAAAAGCUGUUUGCAAUUAUGCUAAGAAACCGGAAGGAUGUGACCCAGAUGAUUUUGGAUCAGCUAUGAUUUCCAGAUUAGCUUUCAACAUCAAGCCACGGUACCAUUUUAGUGGCUUGGAAGGAAAGCACUAUGAAAGGCUGCCUUACAGAAACCACAAAGUUUUAGUCGAAUCAACUCGUCCUGUCACCCGUUUUAUUGGGCUGGCCAAAGUAGGCAAUCCAGAGAAGCUAAAGUGGUUGUAUGCCUUUAACAUAACUCCAGGUAUGCAUUGCACAGAAGCAGAACUGAACUUACAACCAGCAGACGUCACAGAAUGUCCAUAUUCUGAGGCCCACCUUGUGAAUUUGACAUCACAGGUAAAAUCACAGAGCUCAGGUGCAGCUCAGUUCUUCUACAACAUGAACGCAGAUUUUAAUGAUGAUGGCCGUGGUAGGAAGAGAAAAGGUGACAGAGACAGAGAAUUUGAAAGGAAACGAAUGCCACCAAAACCUACUGGUCCCUGUUGGUUCUGCUUGGCAAGUCCCGAAGUGGAGAAGCACUUGGUUGUGAGCGUUGGUGAGCACGUGUAUCUAGCACUUGCAAAAGGAGGCCUUGUACCAGAACAUUUGCUUAUCCUGCCCAUCACACACUUCCAGAGCACAUCUGACCUUGAUGGAGACAGUAGACAAGAGGUUGAAAAGUUUAAAGGAGCCUUGAGGAAGAUGUUCAAGACCAAGGGCAAAUGUAUCGUGUUCUUCGAGCGGAAUUACAGGACACAGCACAUGCAAGUCCAAGCAGUUCCCGUCCCGGGUGAAACACUAGGAGACAUAAAGGAAGCAUUUAUGGAAGUAGCAAAUGAAAAUGGAAUUGAAUUAGAUGAAAUCCCCAAGUUGUCGGACAUUGCCCAAGUUGCUCCUCCUGGCACUCCCUUCUUCUAUGCCGAGCUGCCAUCAGGGGAGAAAUUGUAUCAUAGGGUAAAAAAGAACUUUCCUCUGCAGUUUGGAAGGGAAGCUGUUGCCAGUCCUCUGAUUUUGAACACACCAGAACGCAUUGACUGGCGAGAAUGCAAAAUCUCACAAGAUCAAGAAACAGAACUUCGAAAUAAGAUCCGAGCAGGAUUUCAACCUUAUGAUUUCACUCUGGAGGAUGAUGAUGAUGAUUAGUGUUAGGUGCAAGGGAUGCUGGUUAUCGUCAUUCUCAAGAAGAUUGUUUAAACAGUCUGUUAAGAUGUACAAUCAUUGUCAUAAAUAUUUCUAGGUUAUCUUAUGAAUUAAAGAAUUCUCUUUGAUAAUAUGAAUUACACUAAACAUUGCUACCACCUGCAGUGACAUUCAGUGAAGAGAAAGUUAUGAUUUGUUUCAUUAAAUUGUUGGUACAAAUAGGUUAAAUUUAACACAUGCUGUAGAGUUUCAUUUCAUAAUUUAUAAUAGAAAAAAAAUAUGUAUACAUUUUGAAUUGUGGUAAUCUAAUAAUAGCUGUCAUAAAACAUACAUAAAUGUUUAUUUAUAAGCUUGAAAAAUUAGUUCAUUUUGAUAUA